AAUCGAAGUAGUGUCAGCUCCGAAUCCGAGGAAGGCAGUCUCAAUCUGGACAGCGAAGCGAGCAGAUCGUUUUAGUUCCGACCUAAGACGUAAUUCGAAAACGAUUUUUUGAAAAAAACAAUAAAGUAACUACAGUAAAUAAAAGAUAUAGUGACCCAGAAAAAAACACAAAAUGUUGACCUUGCCCAACAUUGCCGAUUUGAGGCUGCAGCAGCAGAUCGCCCAUGAGAUAUAUCGCCAGCAGAUUAUGCAACGUUUGCCGGAUCCACUUUGCGGAUUGCUGCCCAGCUACGCCGGACACUUUGUGCCUCCGCCACCACCGCCCCCGCCCCAGCCCACCUUGCCCGGAGAUGUCGAGGCCAAGUUGGAGAACAACGAACUGUGGCAACAGUUCCACAGCAUCGGCACGGAGAUGAUCAUCACCAAGAGUGGCAGGAGAAUGUUUCCCUCCAUGCGCGUCUCUCUCAGUGGCCUGGAGGACGAGGCCAGCUACUGUGUGCUCCUCGAGAUGGUCCCCAUUGGCGACUGUCGCUACAAGUUCUCCGGAUCGCAGUGGGUUCCGGCCGGAGGUGCCGAGCCCCAGAGUCCCCAGCGCAUGUACCUGCAUCCGGAAAGUCCGGCCACCGGAAAGCACUGGCAGUCCCAGGCCCUGCUCUUCAGCAAAGUGAAGCUGACGAACAACACCCUGGACAAUAAUGGUCAUAUCGUCCUGGCCAGCAUGCACAAGUAUCAGCCGCGUCUGCACGUCAUACGCACCUCUGAUCUCGGCCAGAUUCCCUGGGCUCCCCAGCAGGCCUUUGUCUUCCCGGAGACCGAGUUUAUAGCUGUUACGGCUUAUCAGAAUGACCGCAUCACCAAGCUGAAGAUCGACAACAAUCCCUUUGCCAAGGGUUUCCGUGAGUCGGGUCAAUCGAGAUGCAAAAGGAAGCUCAAUGAUUCCCCGCCUCCGUCCUCCUCAUCGUCGCAGACGGAGGUUACCCAGGUGGAGUCCCCGUUAGCCAAACGGUUGCGCCUCGUGGAUGAGAUGCCUCGGAAUCCGCAAACUGGACUUAUGCAGCGUCACUAUCUGUUGGAUACUCUGGAGGCCAAUUUCUAUCUGCCAGCGCCACCGCCACAACCGGCAGCUGCCAUUGAGUAUGCCAGGCACAUCCCAGUCGGCUAUCCAAGUUGGGCCUACACCCCGCCAUCGCCGUCCUCCUCCUCCGAUUCGUUUAGCGGCGAGGAGCCCGAGGCGGACACCUUUGUGGAUGUGGUGGGCACUACCACCACCACCACCAGCACCACCACCGCUCCUGCAGCUCCAUCUCCCAGCGAACCGUCCGAGCCCAAGCCAAAACGAAGCAGCUUCAGCAUCUCGGACAUAUUAGGGAAGAGCGUCUCCGUUUAAACUGCAAUCCAGUUUGAGUUGCAGUUCCAGUUGGUGCUCCCAUUUGGCUGGGUUGGAUAUCGCAGUGCCUUGUACAUUUAAUUAGCGUUUAGUUGCCAUCGUCUGCGUAGUGUCUAAGUUGAAUUGUGAUAUUUUGCAGUUAAUUAGGAUUUCCAGGUAUUUGCCAUCAGUAUUUAUCGUAUUUAUUAUGCAAUUUUAAUUGUUCGCAUGAUUUCGUAAUGGAUUUAUUGUCAUUGGCAUUUUAAUGCGGCAUAAAUAAAACACCUAACUA